AUGGGCCAUCUGAAAGUCAAAGUGGCAGAAACUCCAUAUGGCAAUGCCGACUCGCCAAUUCAUGGUUCUAUAUUUGUCAAACCUGAAAUAUCUGAGAUGUCUGGUGGUGAACUGCUGGAUCUUCUGGAGCACGCCAAAUCUAAUCCAUCUGCGUAUUAUAUGCAAAGCCAGGAUGGUAAUCUUCACAAAGAGUUCAGCCCGCUCCUCAAAGAUAUCCCUGGGUCACUGCCAUUCGCGGACCCUGUUUUCAGAGACGAGCCCGAGGCUGUCAAUUUAUGGAUUGGUAGCUCUGGCACGACGUCUCGCUUGCAUAACGGUAUGUGA